GGCAGACAGAGAGGACUGUGACGCUCUGGCUGCCCUGGUGCUCUCUAUGGUACAUUUCCGGCGGCGUGCGUCAGACAGUGACGUCUCCUUAGCCGGUAACGUGUGCUCGCUGCCUGCGUCACCUGCUGGAGCGCGGGGACUGUCUCUGGGCCAACGCCGGUUCUCACCGACUCCAGCUGGGGUCUCCGCCCGUCACUCCGGGCAUCUCUAAUCAUCCGAGCUCCCAGCCAAGCUAUCCCAGUGUCCUGCCCAGCCAGUGAUCAGACCUUCCACAUUCAGCACUUGUGUCUCGCCCUCUGGCCAUGGCAUCAAAGUCAGGAAAGACCUUGGACCAUGAGAAGAACUGUGUCCUGUGCUGCCAGGAGCUAGAUGUGUAUGCUUUGGGAAAAUGUGACCACCCCAUCUGCUACCGCUGUUCCACCAAAAUGAGAGUGCUGUGUGAGCAGAAGUACUGUGCCGUCUGCAGGGAGGAACUGGAUACGGUGGUGUUUGUGAAAAAGCUCGCCCCCUUCUCCAGUAUCAGCACCCCGCAGAUGCAGUGUGAGCGGAAAUACGACAUUUAUUACAGUGACGGCAAAGUGUUUGCCCUCUACAGGCGUUUGCUUCAGCACGAGUGUUACUUGUGUCCAGAGAUGAGACCCUUUCAUGCCUUUGCUGACCUGGAACAGCACAUGAGAAAGCACCACGAGCUCUUCUCUUGCAAGCUUUGUUUAAAGCACCUGAAGAAUUUUACUUAUGAGAGGACGUGGUACACACGCAAGGACCUUGCCCGCCAUCGCAUCCAUGGGGAUCCUGAGGACACUUCCCACCGAGGUCAUCCUCUCUGCAAGUUCUGUGAUGAGCGUUAUCUGGACAAUGACGAGCUGCUGAAGCAUCUGCGCAGGGAUCACUACUUCUGUCAUUUCUGUGACUCCGAUGGGGCCCAGGAAUACUACAGUGACUACCCCUUCCUGCGGGAGCACUUCGCUAAGAGCCACUACCUGUGUGAGGAGGGCAGGUGCAGCACGGAGCAGUUUACGCACGCGUUUCGCAGUGAAAUAGAUUACAAAGCACACAAGACCUCAUGCCACAGCAAGAACCGCGCAGAGGCCCGGCAGAACCGCCAGAUUGAUCUUCAGUUCAGCUAUGCACCACGGCACAAUCGCAGGGCAGAGGGCAUGGUUGGAGGAGAGGACUUUGAGGAGGUAGACAGAUAUAACAGGCAGAUGAGACCGAUGCGGGGGGCAGCUCGCGGAGGUCAGCAGAACCGGAGGGGAAGCUGGCGGUAUAAAAGGGAGGAGGAAGACCGUGAAGUUGCUGCUGCUGUCAGAGCCUCAGUGGCAGCCAGGAGGCAGGAAGAAGUCGGGAGAAAACAGACACCGCAAAAUGCUGAAAGCUCAAGGUCUAGGAUGGAGGAGGCCCGGGAGCCUGAGGAGGGGCGCAAACCUAAAGCGCCCCCAAAGUCAUGCGUAGAUGCCACAGGCCCAAAAGAUUCCGGGAUGACUUCAAGCACCUCGUCUGAUGAUGUGUUGAACCUAGAGGAUUUCCCUGCUUUUGGCUCUGCUAUGGCGGCACCUGUCUUAAGUGCCCCAAAGCUUGCCCCUGUGAAACUGAAAGAGGAGGAUUUUCCAAGCCUCACCCCCUCUGUGCCACCCUACUCUGCAGGGGCAUCGUACACUGCAUCAGCUAGGUCCUCCAAGGCCUUCCAGGAGGAGGACUUCCCAGCAUUGGUGUCUAACAUGAAGCCUGGUAAACCACUGUCUGCUGUCACUUCUGCCUGGACAACUUCCUCUUCUAAGAGUACAUCAAAACCCGCUGCUCCAGCAGUUACUACUUCAAGCAAAGUCUCGAAUAAAGCCCCACUGCCAAGCAAUAUAAAAGGUUUCUCCAAGAAAGUCCACAAACCUCCCUCUUUCUCUGACGAUGAUGAUGACCAUAUCGGGAUGACCGCACAAGAAUUUCGUAGUGCUCCCACCAUGAUUGAUAUCUCCAAGAUGCUGACUGCACCUAAUUCUCAAACGAGCGGGAAGGUGAACAAGAAGAAGCGCGUGGGCUCUGAGAAACAAAGCACGCCAUCCACUGUGCAAUAUGCCGGAGACAGAUCUGCAAACUCCUCCUACAAGGAAAACACAAGGGAAACCGAGCGCACCCCAACGCCACCCGUCAGUUCUAUCCUCAGUGACAAGUCUAACACAGUCGUUAAUGGAGUCAGCGAGAGGAAGGUACCGGAGACACUAGGCAGCUCUAGGGACCCUCCUGGCUUCAAGAAUACUGCUGUUCCUGUACCAAAGUACCCUCUGCCAGACGAGGAGUUCCCUGCUUUGGUGAACAACAACCUGAUGAGGAUGCCACCACCAGGGUUUACUCCGGUAGUUACAGCUGCCCCGCUGGCACCUCCCCCAGGAUUAUCCUCAUCCAUCGGAAAGCCCCCACCAGGAUUCACCAAUAUCUCCGCAGUGUCUCCUGCAGAACCGCAGCCCGCACCAGUGAAAGAGGUGAAUUUUUGCAACAGGACCUACCUUGUACCUGAAAAUUUUCAACAGAGGAACAUUCACCUGAUUAAUUCCAUCAAAGAUUAUCUACACAGCGACGAGUCCAAGUUCAAUGAAUUUAAAUCCCACUCCGGAAAAUUCCGUCAGGGUUUGAUAUCGGCAUCAGAGUAUUAUAAAAGCUGCAGGCAACUUCUUGGGGAGAACUUCAGUCUCAUCUUCAAGGAGCUUCUGGUGCUUCUUCCCGACAAUGUCAAGCAGCAGGAAUUGCUGGCUGCCCACCAAAAACUCCCUCCUGAAGAGAAAGCAAGCUCAAACAAGUCCAAAAAGAGUAAGAAGGCGGCCUGGAAAACGGACUCAAGCUCUCCGGAAUUGGACUAUUCUACCUGCCCCACCUGCAGGCAAGUGCUGGCCCCGCAGGACGUUGCCCAUCACAAGACGUUGCACCUAGAAGACAAUGAUUUCCCUUCGCUCCAGGCUAUCAGCAGGCUCAUCAGCUAGGCUCUGCCGGACAUUGCCCAGUUUUUGGGUUUGCACUUCGACGGAAAAAGAAAACCACAAGAAAAUAGCAGUAACAGUAAAGUAAGAAAAUCCAGGGCUGCAUUUUGCUGCCUGGUGCUGUUGAAGUAAAUUAUUACAGAACUCUUGAGAGGCCAAAUAAAAAAAACAAAAUACCUACAUGAGAUAGGUGCUGUGUGUGUAGAAGGCGCCGGUGCUGUCUGUAUGUCGUAGAAUCACUUCUCAAGCGUCCCAAGAGAAUUUCUGAACGGUGACACUGCCAAAGAAUCUCCUGCAAAAAGAGGCCACGUCCUCUCCAAACAGCACAAAGAAGGCAUUUCCUGUGUUAACGUGCCGAUGUUCCCCUCACAGAGCGCUGUGGGGUCCGCCAAGUGUUGUCACACAGCAUCUGAUUUACUUUACUGUGUCGGUGAGGAAUAAUUUGGCCUACUCUAGUUAAUAACGAGCCAUAGUCCUGGGUUUCUAUUUCUUCUGAAUACACCUGUUUUUAAAUGGUUUUACAGUCCUAUUGUCCGUAUGUUAAAGAGCGUGUGACGGGACCUCCUAGAUGUGGGAAAACUAGACAGUUAUUUUAUGUUACUAUAGAGUGGCUGCUAUAUUCAUUGUGCUUCCAAAGCAAGCUGGAUGGUUACCGGCCUUCCCCCAAAUCCAGCAUACGUCUCCUAAAAUGCACAAGCCAUCUACUGAGCGUGUCUAACCACAGUCUACAGGCCUUUUCCCUGUCCCAGUUUGGCCGUGCAGCUGAAGACCUCCAGUAACGCAGUAUAGAAAGAUCAUGUAGCCCUUUCAUGAAUUGUUCAUUUAAUUAAGCCCAUCAGUGAUGGUGGUGGAAGGCUCUGAGCAGUAAUCCAUAUCCUCCCUGAAUGACCUGACAUUAGUCAGUAAUACGAUAUCAUCCUUUAGAGCCAAAGUAAUAUCGGAGUAAGAAUCUAAUAAAAACCCCUUUUGUCUUCCUUCUGUCCUCAGGAAGGUUCCAUCAAUGUCGGACCUAUGUUAGAUUAUAAUAAGAAUGCGAAACACACAAUCACUUCUUUCCCGAAUUAAUUGUUUUUUUGGUCAGAUCUGUUAAUUUUCCUAGUUUGUGUAAUUGCUGCAGUCGCCACUUCAUGGUAACAUUACCCAUGUAUUUAACAUCUAGCGCACCUCAUCCUCACAAGAACCAGUAACUGUGUGUAGUAAUGCUUACCUGCUGUCCUCCACUAUCUCUGCACCUCCCCCUGCAACUAGUAGGUGGUCUGUGUUAAGGCGCAUACACACGGUGCGAUGCAACCUUAUGAUUUUUUACUACAUAGUCAAAAUCGUAAGGAAAGUUAGUGCAAAUCCCACCGUGCAGAUGGCAGAUGUUCCUGAAUAGGAGAGAGGAUACCCUUGAAUAGACCGUAUCCACCUUGAUAUACCAUGCUUUUGGGGAUUUCUACAUUGUGUGGUCUUUUUCUUUUAUCCCCCUAAUUCAUAAGUUCCUUACCAGCUAAUGUGUACUAGCAAAUAUGCAGUAUCCCAUAAUAACCACUCAGUAAUCAGCGUUGUUUGGGCCAUUAAACCAAUCCAAUGUGCUGAUUUUGAUUGGUAGAUUCCUGUGCAUGUACACUGUUGGUACUUACCCUCCAAACUGUGUUUGUACGUCAAUUAUUUCUCAGUAUUGUAGCGGAGGUUCUGGAUCAGUGUGUCGACAAUGUAGGUU